AUGUGCCGCAUGCACUCGCUUGUUCUCUCAAUCAAGCCUGCAGAGGCUCAAUUCAAAAAUUGGACUGGCACAUCAACCCCGCAACGCAUGCGAAACUUCAAUCAUAGACGGCUAUUAGACAAACCUAGCGACGGACACGAAGAAUGCCGCUACUCAAGAGACGCUGUUCUUCCCACACGCAUCUUGAAGGUUGGUGUCAAGGAAGGCGCUGCUUGUCCUAUCCAACUUCAUAUCAAUGACAGAGAUCGCUGCGGAUCUUACUUAGCUCUUAGCUACUGUUGGGGAGCCAAGCAGGAAUCUACUGCAAACACUAAUCUUAUACAGCUCGAACAUGCAAACCAGAGAGAUCUUGAGAAGGAGAUUAAGAUGGAACAACUGGAGCAGACGAUACAAGAUGCUGUGUAUAUCACGAGACAACUUGGCUUCAAUUACCUUUGGGUUGACAGGUUUUGUAUCUUGCAAGACGAUAUCGAAGAUAAGAAACGGGAGUUUUCCAAGAUGGCAACAACUUACAAGAAUGCUGUGGUGACGUUGGCAGCUGGCACUGCUGAGAAUGCUUCUGAAGGAUUUCUGCAUAGCAAGUCCUCGAAACAGAAACCGUUUCUCCCGGACCAAAGAUUCAGCACUUCCAUGGACGAUGGCCGCACAGGUCAUAUCUACAUCCCAGAAAGAUCGUAUCAACCAAAUCACCCUCUCGACGCCAGAGGCUGGACUCUACAAGAGUUCAUGCUAUCCACACGGAUGCUCAUCUUUUCAGAUUAUCAGCUGCUGUGGCAAUGCAAGCAGACACAUUUGCAGAGCGUAACUGGCGAUGAUGAUGGCUUGGAGUAUCAACAAGGCAUCGAAUCUCUGCCCUGGGUCGCUUUCGACGACAUAUCCGGACCAUCGUUUGGAGCACACGAUUCCGAUAAACUAUAUCUAUGGAAGACAAUCCUUCGACAAUACACAGAAAGAAACCUGACAAAUCCCGAGGACCGGCUUCCUGCCAUCACAGGUAUUAUUUCUGAAUUGCAGAACGUUUGGAAAGACACAGCUAUCUACGGCCAUUGGAAAGAGUGGUUCGUUCAACUGUUGGCUUGGUACAAACCAGAAUACGAUCUAAUAAACGAGCGAUAUCUCAGGCGAGCUCCUAGUUGGUCGUGGGUUUCAGUCAAUGGCAUAAUUCACUUCGAAGAGCCGAUAGAGAAGGAGGAUGCUAAGAUGGAGAUUGUGACCGCCGCAAAGGUUACCAUGUCUUGUCGAAUUGUGUCAGAAGAUUUUAUUGAUGAAGAUACACGGGAGGAGACCGACGAGUACUUUGACCUCGAGGAGAAAGCACAGAAGUUAGAGACUAAAGGCAAGAAGCGUCAUUAUAUUCUGCUGGGCACGGUAAAAGAAUCCGAUGAAUUUGAGAACGCAAUAGCAUUGAUAGCGACGAAGAUGAGGAUUGGAGUUUAUCGACGAAUCGGACUUGCUGUGUUCGCGGAUGUUGAAGUUUGGUCAGAGGCAAAGUACCGGAGUAUUGAAUUGGAGUCGAAACACAAGUAA